AUGAUGGCGAUGAUGAUGACUGGCCGUGUGCUGCUGGUGUGUGCCCUCUGCGUGCUGUGGCGCGGUGUUAGCGUGGUGGCUGUGCCGGCGGCCGAUGUUGCUGGCGGAGGUGAUGGCGGUGCGGAUGAGUAUUUUGUUUUGCGGUGGCACGCUCAGCUGCGGAGGGAAUGCGCGGAGGCGUUCGGCAGGAGGACAGAAGGCAGGAAGGAUGUUUUCGCCGUUGAUGAUUGCGUGCGUCGGGGGAUGGACGGUGUGCGUGCGUUUGGGGAUGGCCGUCGUGUCUGGAGACGUCAGCGUUCUGCGGUGGUUGCUGGUGAUGAUACCACCGAUGAUGACAGCACCCGCGGAUCCUCCUCCGAAGUACAGACAGAGACUGAAACUGGUUCGUUGGACGGACGAACACCGAAACCAUCGGUGAAGCCAAUCCCGGGAGAAGUACCAGAUGGACAGGACUCAGGAAAAAUUUCAGAGGCUUCUGUGCCGACGAUAAACGGAACUGGAGAGAAUUUAGAUGGUGAAGAAGAGGAAGGGGACGUGAGUCAAGAUGAAAGCCAAGAAGACAGGGAUGGUGAGGACGAGGCUGUUGACGCUGCAGUGGGAAAUGGAGGCAGCGAAACUUCACAUACAGAACACGAAGAAGAGAAGGAAAGAGUGAAGGAGGAAAAAGCAGGAAGCACGACAAACGAACGAGAAGGGGACGAAAACAACGCUGCCGGCCGUAGACCUCCUCAAGGAAGCGCAGCUUCUCGGCCUGCUUUGCCCGUUGACGUCAGUAAUCCUCAAAAUCCCGUGUUGGGCCAGGACGGCGCUGGAGGAGAAAAAGCGGGUGCCGGUCCAGUGGUGCUGCCACAAGCAGCAGGAUUACGAGAGGCGGAAAGGGCACCAGCGAAAUUAACUCCCGGAGGAGGUGCAGCCGGAAAAGAAACAGAGAAGCAAAACGGAACGGCGGAGCAGGUGGCUGCAAAGGAAGUGCAAACAGCCGUCGAAGAUAGUUCAGCAGAAGCAGCCGCAGCGGGAAAAGAUUCCAAGGGAGAAAAGGAAGAAGAAAACGUAAGCGAGGCUGCAAAGGAAGAGUCACACGGAGAUGUUGACGAAGAAGCAGCGGGGAAGAACGGAGGAAAUGCGACAAAGAAACUACAAAAAGAAGCCACGGACGACGAGGCAAAGACAAAAAAACGAAACGAGCAGAAGGAGGCGGAAAAUGCAAAUAAUACCAAAGAAGAACCCGACGAAGAAGAAGCCAAAAAAGCCGCUCAAGAAGAAGCAGCAGCAGACAAAGAAAACAUGGCCUCAGCCCGAAUCCCUACCAAAAUUAAUACGACGACACCUGAAAACAGUGACGGCAGCACCGCUGUCUCCCACACCACCUCCCCUCUUUUGCUUCUUCUUCUUGUUGCGUGUGCGGCUGCUGCUGCGGUGGUGGCCGCGUGA